AUGGCUCUCGCCAAGAGGCGGCGCCAGCAGCAGCAGCAGCAACAGCAGCAGCAGCAGCAGCAGCAGCAGCAGGAGAAGCAGCAGCAGAAACAGUUUAUUUCUGAUGCACUCUUUAUGCAGCAGACACAGCAGCAGCAGCAGCAAGAGCUGCUGCUGCCAUUAGCAGCAGCAGCAGGAGCUGCUGCUGCAACUGGAGGACAAGCAGCAGCAAAACCCAAGACAGCAGCAGCAGCAGCAACAGCAACAGCAGCAGCACCAACAGCAGCAGCAGCAGCAACAGUUAGUAUGGGGCCUGAGAAGGCAGCAGCAGCCCCUAGAUCAGCAGCAAGCAUACCAGCAGCAGCACCAACAGCAGCAGCAGCAACAGCAGCAGCAACAGCAGCACCAACAGCAGCAGCACCAAGAGCAGCAGCACCAACAGCAGCAGCACCAACAGCAGCAACAGCAGCAACAGCAGCAGCAGCAUCAUCAUUCCUCCCCCCCCCACCAACUCCCCUAAAAAGGUUUGAGCCCUACGACAAGGGUUGUUUACGGCGGACGGUGGUGCAGCCUAUCCCUUUGUGUCCUCCUCAAUACCACGCAGCAGCAGCAGCAGAAGUAACAGCAUCUGUAUCAUCUCCUACAGCAGCAGCAGCAGCAGCAGCAGCAGCAGCAGCAGCAGCAGCAGCAGCAGCAGGAGACACAGUGUGUAUGAAAGCUGUUGCUGAGCCACCACUCUGGCAGUGCUCAGAAGGAGCAGCAGAACCAGGCGGCAUCUGCACCACCAAACAAAUUAUUGCGGCUAACAAAAUGUGCCCCGAAGGAUACUCGCUGCAGGAUGUAAGCUGCUGCUGCAGCAGCAGCAGCAGCAGCAGCAGCAGCAGCAGCAGCAGCAGCAGCAGCAGCAGCAGCAGCAGCAGCACAGUAGCAGUAGCGGUAGCAGCAGCAGCAGAAGCAGCAGAAGCAGCAGUAGCAGCAGGAGCAGGAGCAGCAGUAGCAGAAAGCAGCAGCAGCUGA